AUGUUUCUCAUUUGCGUGCCUGGAAACCUGUGUCCCCCAGAAAGCUUUGAUGCUUUGCCAGUAGAUAAGUACGUCUACGAGUGGAUGCGCCAAAAUCCAGUUCCUUCUUUGGAAGAGACUGCUUUUGAACUGCUGAAAAUAACUAUGCUACACGAUGACGUAGUCCUGGUAGGACACUCGACAGGAGGACUUAUUUGUAUGCAAGCAGCGCUCCUUGACUCAAAGGGAACCAUCAAAGGCAUGGUGCUUGUGAAUACAGGGGCAAACACCAAUGGUCACAAGGAUAUCAGAAGCCAUGUAAAAGAGCUAAGCAGUCAGCCUAUCACAGAUGCUUUUAUUGACCAAUAUAUUGCCGCAAGAGUGCAGAGUAUUGACUCCAUCAGCACAAAUAUCAUGGUUGCCUUCAGGGACUAUUAUAAGUCACUCACCGAGCCCAAUAUACGUGCCGCAAAUAUGCUCCAAUCUCAAGUGAACACGGAUCUGAUACCUGAACUGAACAAAAUUAAGAUUCCUACCCUUAUUAUCCAUGGUAAUCUUGACAGGGUGCGUCCAGUGCGAUUUGCAGAGGAGAUACAUCGCUGCAUCUCUAGUUCAAGACUCAAGACUUUGUCCUGUGGUCAUUGUCCCAAUAUAGAGAUGCCAGGUGAGUUUGCCCAGGAAGUGUUAGAAUUUGUUUCCGAGUUGGGAGUCAGAAGUGUGAGGUAG